AUGGUAUGCACCCCCUCAGCCCUACGCGACCACUCUCCACUAACCAUCCCCUCCCAGCCUCACGCCGACUCCUCCUACUUCGGUUCCGCCAAUGGCUCCAAAUCCGAAGUCUACACGCAGGUCCUCGAGCAGGCCCGCGGUCUAGUCUACGGCCAGCGCAACUGGGUCAGGUAA